CACCACUGCGCUCCAGCCUGGGUGACAGAGUGAGACUCCAUCUCAAAAAAAAAAAAAAAAAGAAAAAAGAAAAAGAAAAAUGUUAAUUUUUUUGCUCAUGCCACAGUCUCCGGUAGUUGCUGGGAACUAGGGUGGGGAAUUCUCUGCUCCACACAGUCUUUCAUGAACCCAGGCUCCUUUCCUGUUGUGGGUCCAGCCUCCUGUAGCUGUUGCAGGCAUCUCUAGUCAGCUGGUGGUUGGGGAAGAGGUGAGGAUCAGGGAGGGAGGAUGGGAGUACCCUGCUUGUGCUCACAUUCUGCUGGCCAGAACUCACAAGCCACCUGAAAUGACACAAAGGUCUAGCUGUGUGUGUAGGAGAAAGAAGAGAGUACAGAUAUUGGAAGACGGCAGUGGUCUGUGCCCCAGGUCCCAUGGUUUAGGGAAGUGAACCUUGGCACUGGAUUUCCUGGCUUUCUAAAUCUCCCUUUAUAGGGAACUUAGGGCCCAGUCUGUGGUGGGUGGAUUUGCCUGGUUCACAGCCUCUGCUCAACCUUCUUUCUGCUCCACAGGACGGCCUGGAGAUGGUGGGCUCCUUGUCACACUGGGCGGGGAUGUAGGCUCCACAGGGCCAGAGAUGCCUGUACUCUAUGUUCAGAUUAAGGGACAGAUGGCACAUGAAUUCCUUCAGUGCCCUCCACAUUUGGUCACUAGGGAGGGGUAGGCUGAGCAGUAGCUCUUGGGUCUGUAGCAGUGUGACCCUAGAAGGACUAUCCAGCUGAAAACAAGAGCCAAGGGUGUGGGGAGGGGAGGAGGGAUGGGGGUAGGAGGGCAGGGGCUACUCAGGGUUCCAUGAGACCUGGGUUUAAGUCCUGGAUCCAUCAUUAGCAGCUAUGUGAACUUGUGCCUCACUUGCCUCAAAUAUGAACUUGAGAUAAUGAAAUUACCUUCUUCACAAUACUGUUCUAAGAACUGAAUGAGGAAAGGUUUACAAUUCGGUCCUGGUUGUUCCCCUGGGGAGGGAACAGAGAUUGGGGGCACAGGACUCCCCUGGCCUGGGGGAGACUGGCUCACUCAAGUUAUCAGCCACUUGCAGGGCAAGGACCCUGCUUCUCCUUGCUCUGGGUCCGAAUGGUCUCAAGCCCAGUGGGCAGGGCCUGUGGUGUGGAUGGACUCGUCUGCAGUGAGUGAGGCAGCAGGCAGAGCUGGCAGGCUGUGUGGUCUUUAGUGGGUACCAGGAGACCCCAGAGGGCCUUGUGGGAGGCUGUCCACAGCGUGAGCCACUUUGCCAUCUGGGGUCCUGGAGUUUCCUCCUGCCCUUUGAGUUAAAAAAGAGUCAGUCCUGGGCUGAGACUUAAUUGUUCUAGCGCUGAGUGACCUUGUGUCAGGGGAAAUUGGAUGGGGCAAAAUGUUUUCUAAUUAGCAGGACUCACUGACCUUUCCCUCACUGUCAGCAGCUUCUCACAGGGAGGCGCGGAGCAAGGGGGCCUGGAGCCCCACAUCUCUCUAAUGGAGCCUAUGUCCAACAAGGAGGUGGAUGGCUGGAUUCGGGGCCCUGGGAGGACUUCAUGUGGGAAGCAGACCUCAGGAAGGGCCUUCAGUGAUGGUGUGGCCCAGGAUUCUCACCUCCUUAGUCUCCGGUCCUGUCCAUCUCCGCAGCAUCCUAGGCAAGAGAAGUGGAAAAACACUCAAGCCACUGGGGUGGUUAGGACACACUGGUGGCAAUUGUUUAAAACCUUACCUAAAACAAGGUUAAGCAAAAGCAGUUUACAGGCUCUCAUAGAUGGGAAGGAUGUGUGAGGGUCACAUACUGAGAGGAACCAGGGCUGCGGCUGCUGGAAGGAGCCUUACCACUGCCAGUGUGCUUCCUCCCCAUCGUCAGCAUCUCUGCUCUCUGCAUGCCGGCAGCUCUCUCUUAGGGCACGCAGACCUCUCCCCUGCGGGGAAGCAUGACUGCCAGCAGCCCCGAGUUAGCGACUAUCAUAGAAACCCAGUGUAUUUCUCUCUUGUUUAUCGUUCUGAGACCUGAGUCACAGGCCUGUCCAGCACUCAAGACUUUUUCUUUUCUCUAUUUUUUGAGACAGAUUAUCACUCUGUCCCCCAGGCUGGAGUGCAGUGGCCCGAUCUUGGGUGCAAGUGAUUCUCCUGCCUCAGCCUCCCGAGUAGCUGGGACUACAGGUGUACGCCACCACAUCCAGCUCAUUUUUGUAUUUUUAGUAGAGAUGGAGUUUCACUAUGUUGGCCAGGCUGGUCAUGAACUCCUGACCUCCCGCCCGCCUGGGCCUCCCGAAGUGCUGGGAUUACAGGCGUGAGCCACCACGCCUAGCCAAGAAUUUUUCUUUUAAACCUGGAGUUUGGAGAUGCUCACUAGUCAGACAGAAUCAGCCACCACAGCCCACUCCCUCAGCCAGUAUUACUACUAAGUUAGUGAGGAACCAGGCCCCAGAUUAAGAAGCAGAACUCACACUGUCAUCUGCUGUGCGCCUGGCUGGCUCAUGCAUACCUUGUCUGUCUAAUGUGAACCAAAGCCCUGUGGCGCACCCUGCUGAUUACCCCCAGUGGUUAUCCACAGAGGAGGAAAGGGAGUCAUGGGAGGGAGGACCUGGGAAGUCUCUGGGCUGGCAAGUUGGGUGACACAGGUCCGGUUGGCUGCAAGCCUGGGCUCUGCUGUUGUAAUCAUGAAUGGGUGUGUGUGUACAGUUGUUUACAAUGUCAGCGUGGGUGUGCUUGUUUUUAGAGACACAUGCCACUGAUCCCAUGGUGAGGAAAAUCCCAAGCCCUCCCCAUGAUUUUUGCCAGCGUCUGGGGACUCCUGCUCCUGGCAGCCCAUGUGUCCCCAACUCCUGUGUCCUUGAGGGACCUCUGUUGAGCCCUGCCUCUAUUCUGGCAGAGUUAGAGAAAAUUCGUUAAAAAAAAAAUAAAGUUUAAAUUCAUUUUUAAAAGUAAUAAAAAAUUCUCACAGCACGAGUUUUGAUGAGAUUUGGGGCAAGGUGGGCCACAACCUUGGGUUGUAUGGCCACUUCCCCCUCUUCUUCCCCUGUUGUCUCUGCAGCUCAGAAACCCCAAUUUCCUGGCCUGUGUUAUGUGGAGGAACUGAGCUCACCCCCCACAGCUUCAUCUCCAAACCUAGCAAGGAUCCUGCCCAGAUCUGGAGCUCCACCUUUUAAUAGAACUUAUUUUCUCUCCUUAGAAAGCAGUGGGGGUGGAACGAUUCUUUUUCCUGAUGCAGAUAUGUAAAACUGGGACAUUGCUACACAUAAUAUUUUAAACCUGUCUUCCCUCUUACCAACGAACACGUCACUAGCACCAUCUAGGCCAAUACAUUUCUCAACAUCAAUUUCAGUGGCUGUAUUACAUUUUAUCCUACGGAUGUGCUCUCGUUUAUACUCUAAACCCCUUUUAUUGAACACAUCACUUACUCUGAAAUUUUCAGUGUUAUGAUGGAUGUUGCAGUAAUUAUUCUUAUGUAUGCACAGAACCCCCAGAGGACAUGACUACUGAAGGGUGUGCUGGCAGGAUCACGGGUGAGGAUCUAGCAAAUUGUCCCAGCUUCAUUGGGACUGAGCUUUCACCCUCUUUGCACUACUUUGAGCUGCCAUUUUGAUCAUAUAAUAAUGAUUUAGUAGAGCUCUUUUUUGGUUCAACCUACCUAUUCUUGUAUCAGAACUAAAAUGUUUAAUUUUAUAAAUUUGAAGAGUGGCACAAUAUAGAGUUCACUAUUCCUCAGUAUUUUCAAGGCUGCUUCUUAUCUGUUCAUUCUUUUGGUUAACUUGGGAAUCAUUUUAUCAAGUCUCUACUUCCCAAUUUCCUUUCAGUGUUGGCUCGAAAUGAUAUUCAAUGUAUACAUUAACUUGAGUUACAUUUUGCUGCAUAAUACUGAGUUACAUUUUGAGUAUUAUGUAUUACUCAUAAUACAUAUUGAGUUACAUUUUGCUGCAUAAUACAUUAUCCCCAAGUUUAACACCUUAAAGCAGCACAUAUAUAUCUCAUACCCUUCUGAGGUUCAGGAAUCCAGGAGCAGCUUAGCUGGGUGACUGUGGCUGUGGGUCUCUCACGAGGCUACAGUGAAACUGCUGGCCAGGGCUGGAGGAUCCCUUCCAACCUCACUCCAUGACUGUUGGUGGGAGGCUUCAGUUCUCCACCUGGCUCUCACAAUAUAAUUUCCCCCAGAGUCAGUUAUCAGACAGAGUGUGCAACCAGUAAUCUAUCUGUUAGAACAUGUCACUUCUGGCAUAUUCGACUGGUCACUCAGCCCAACCCUAAUACAUGUGAGAGUGACUAUGCAAGGGUGUGAGUUCCAGGAGGAGAGCAUCAUUGGAACCAUAUUGGAGACUGGCUAAUACACAGAUUAAUGGCACAUCUGACAAUACGGGGUCUUUCUGAGUGUCAGUGUGGUGUGUUCCUAUAUGAACUUAAUUCUAUUAAACUUAAUUAAAUUCUAGGUAUGCUCUCAGUGAAGAUUUUUACUUUUGUUCAUUACAGGUCCCCACACUGUUAAAUUCAUUCCAAAUUAAAGGAUCUUUUCUUUUUUUCACAUGGCAUUUUCUAAGUAAUUGUUGCACUCAUAUAGGAGAUGCUGUUGAUUUUGACACCCAUAAUUUUUCAGUGGAGACAAGGCAGACACUACUCCAGACUCUCACCUGCUAUCACCGAUCCUUAUGUGUGGCUGUGCCAGGCUCAGCUGUGCUGAGAUGAUGGGGCUGUCUGGCCAUCAUUGGUCAUAUGGACUUCAGAUUUGAAAGGAUUUUAUGGAGAAGCAGAGUGCCUGAUAUGACUCUCUGGGACCCCCAUUUCUGCCCUCCUUGGCUCCCACUGGCAAGGCUGACUCAGUUCCUAUCACCUUCUCCUGGACUUUGGCCAGAGUCCACUGGCUGUUCUCCCUGCCUCCUGCCCUCUCCACACCAGUGCCCUCUCCACACUAGUGCCAGAGCUGCUUCCAAGAGAUGCCUCAAAGCCCGCUUCCAGCUCAGGAACCCCAGGGGACAUGGAUGGUUUCUCCAUUGCCACUUCCUAGCCUUCCUGGUAUAGGCAGGUCUGGUUUGCCUGCAGGUCCCUCUCUGGGGUGGGUCCCUGCUCCAUAGAUGCUGAGCCUCCAGAAGUCCAUUCUUUUAUAGCACAUUUGAAAGCCUUUGAAAUGCAUUAUAGUUCAGUCAUAUGAAUUAUGUAAGUAUAUCCUACUCAUUGUAUAAAACAACACAGAAUUGUCUAAACUGUCAUCUUUCUCCCCAUUCCAAGAAGGAGCUAAGAAGCAAUGCUAAACAAUUAGGAGUGUGAUCUUCCAUAUUCUUCCCUUUGUCUCCACAAAAGCAAUCAGAUAUACAGAAUUUUAAAAAUUACCCUGUGCACAGUAUUCUGCAUGGCGUCUUUUCAUUUUCUCAACGGUGGUCACUUCCCUCGCCAAAACAGACAGUCGACUUCAUUGUGACAGGAGCAGAGCUCCAUGCUGGGCAACCCACCCCCACAGAGGGACACUCAGGUGGUUUCCAGUCACUUGCACAACAUUGUUGCGUGCGUGGGCCUCCAGGGCCCGGAAGAAACUGCCUUCGCGUGCAACAUUAAACACGCCACAUGGGUUGAUGAAAAAUGAAAGCAAAAUAAGACCAGUUGAAAGCCGGCAGAAAACCUGUGUGACUACUCCGUGGCUCCCCUGCCUGGUUUCCAGCCGCGGACUCUUGCUCUUCGGCGCGACCCCUGCUCCUGGGAUCCUCCGGGGCCCUCCCGCACCCAGGCCCCACACACUCGGGUUGCGAAGCCGAGUGCCUCCCCGUGCGGCCGCCAGGGGGCGCCCCAGGCCGGGCCGAGCGCCGCCCCCGCCCAGGAGAAUUGACAGACGCGCGGGCGCCGAAGCUGGUCUUUCCAGAAACCGCACCGCGCCCGCUCCCGGGCUGCCAUCCGCGGCUGGGUCACGCUCACGUCUCCGCGAUUCGGUGUCUCUUGGCCUCCUGCCCCACUGACCUGGGAGUGCCAGGAAUCACCCCACCCCCAGCGAGGUCCCCUCUGUUGCACAAAAUGGGCGCUAGCUGGGGUCAUUCUAGUUUGGCCGCCUCACCCUCCUCCAGGGUGGCACUAUCACCAUUCUUGCCCGCCUCCAGCCGGCCCAUUCCUGCUGCUCCCUACAGCGUUGUCCCUGCCCCGUGCCCUCUUGUGGUCGUAGGCAUCUUGCAGCCCGGGAAAGACAGAAAGAAGCUGCCCGCAGGAGCCCAGACCCUGGGUGCCUUCCUCCCCUUGUGUCCUCUCUGGACUUGGGGGUCCCCCACCAGCCACGGCGAGAGCGAGAAAGAUAAUAGCUGGGCGGAGGCUGGGGAAGACCCUCGGUCUCAGAAACUGAAGGGAGCCAGGACUCCCGGUUGGGGGAGUCAGUGCAAGCCCUGAGGUGGGAGAGGAGGGCGGAUGAGUCCAGGACCACAGCUCUGCAGGGGACAGGCAAGUCCUGUGGCGGCUCUAGGAAAGUCUGGGUCACACUGGGACCUGCCAGCUGGACCUGGUUGGGGAGGGGUGGGGCGCCUGACUCUACUCCUGUGACCUGGACAUUGCCCAGCUGAGCAGGAGCUUUGACCCUGUGGGCUUACAGCUCAUCUGAACCUGCUUAGUCCAUCUUCCUGUUGUGUUAAGGCAGAGGGGGAAGAGUGCCAACUCUCCACCCCCCUUCUAUCACUCCUGGGUACCUGAUCCACCUUCCACCCUCAUGGGUAAGGAAGGGGACAGGAAGGUCACCAAUCCAACCAAGCCACAGUGUCAAAUCCUGUUGGUUCGUUUGUUUUCCCCUGGUUGGGUUAUGUUUUCAAACCAUCAACAGAUUCAUAGCUGCUGGUGGAUGUCAAAUUUCAAAAUAGGGGAGUCCCAAUACGGUGACUUGACCAUUAGGAAGUCACAGGCAAGCUACUUACUUUCUCUGAGUUUCAAUAUCCUUGUCCCAAUAAAAGGGCAACUGUGAUUAGCUCUGAGCACAUAUUUAGGGUGAGCUUUCACCCUAAAGAUCUCAGCAACAGCAGCUUCUACUCACCUUCACACAUCAAAGAGGAUGGGUUCCCUCCCAGCAGAAGUCAACAUGCCGCCCUUCCAGUGUGCUUCUGAUCAGGCACAGAGGAGAGCCAGUUUCAUCUUCUUUCUUUUUGGUCAACUCCAGACAUCUGCAACAAACAAGAAGAUUAACAACAACCAUUAAAAUUGGCCCCUGGAGAGUUUAUCUGUCAGCGCACGCUUGGCUGCAGGAUCUCAUUAUAGGCCAAAGGCAAAGGAUGUCUGCUUCCUUUCUGUCCUGGAAUUCCAUGAUAAAAUCCCCUCCAGUUGUCUCUACUGAUUCCAUUUUGUUUUCUUUCUUGGCUAUAACACAGAUAGGAGGAAAAAUCUUUCCUUCCUCAAGGCAGAGUUUUAAACGCAUCACCUCAGAAUGCCAAAUGUUCUGGAAAGGAAGAAAGUUGGCAGCGAAGGAACCUGCAGAGAGAGGGACUGAGAGGGCUGAAGGGCCCAGCAGCUCCUGGCAGGCUCUUCUGGUCUCUGUUUGAAAUUGGCUGAAAAGACAUGGAAUUUAGUAGGCAAGUCUGCCUCCUUCUCCUCCUCUUAUCUGCAGAGGAGAGAUCGGUUCCCAGCUGGCCGGGGCAGUGUCAUUGAUACAGCUGGUGUCAUUGUUACCUUCCACUAACAGAUCACUUGACACCUACCGGCUCAGGCAGGGCUGGGACUGGGCAUUUCCUGGCUGAGCUGGAGGCUUGGGCCCUCCCCAUUGUCCCGGAACCCCAGGUGAGGCCAAGACAUGGGCUCUGCUGGGAUGCCAUGCUUGGUGACCCAGCAGAAGGACUAGAUUGCUCCUGGUGGGUGCUCCCCCUUGCAGAGUCCCAGCUGCCCCUUUGGGUCCUGUUGCCUGGCCUCUUUUGCUGUCCUGGGUAGAGGAGAUGAGUUUGUCGCUGGCUGCAAGCUGAGGCCAACUGACGCUGCUGCGCAGAGAAGGGGCACCGAGAGUGGCCUCGGAUUGAGGAGCCUGUAGUGCAGAGCAGCCCGUCGGGCCUUCCGCCUGGCCCUGCUUCCCCGGCCGGCUGCCCUUCUGGUGAGUGCAUCCCAGGUGGCAUCAUGCUGCAGCAGAUCCUGCACGACAUGUACAUCGACCCUGAGCUCCUCGCCGAGCUCAGUGAUGUGCAGAAGCACAUCCUCUUCUACAAGAUGCGGGAGGAACAGCUGAGGCGCUGGAAGGAGUGGGAGACUUGGGAGUCCCUGGCCCAGGACAAGGGUCUCAGGCCUACGAAGACCAAGCGAGCAGCAAGUGACAAGCACAUCCAAUGGCUCCUAGGGGCAGAUGGCGAGGUCUGGGUCUGGAUCAUGGGAGAAGGCCCUGGUGACAAGCCCUACGAAGCGAUCUCUGAGGAGCUGAUUGCAGAGAGGGCGCGGCUGCAGGCACAGAGGGAAGCUGAGGAGCUCUGGAGACAGAAGGAGGCAGAGAUCACCAAGAAGUUCCGGGAUGCUCUGGCCAACGAGAAAGCCCGGAUCUUGGCGGAGAAGUGGAAAGUGGAGAUGGAAGACCGCAAGGCGGCCAAAGUCUUGGAGGAACGCAUCCAGGAGGAAUUCAAGAGGAAAGAGGAAGAGGAGAGGAAGCGAGGAGAAGAGCAGAUUCGCCUCCAGGAAGAGCAGAGGGCAAAGGAGCUCUACUGGACCCUGAAGCAGGCUCAGCUGCAUUGCCAAGCCAGUGAGAAAGAGGAGCGAGAGUGGGAAGAACAGUUGCGCCGGUCAAAGGCGGCUGAUGAGGAGAGGAGCCGCCGAGCCCAGCGCGCCCGAGACGAGUACCGACGCCACUCGCUCCGUGCUAUCCAGAAGGGCACGGUCGCCGGCCUCAGCUCCAUGUUCCGGGAGCUCGGCCAGAGCCAUGAGCAGGAGGCAAGACUCUACCACCACCUCCCCGGGCCGGGUCCUCCGCAGCCCCUCGCCCUGCCGGUCAGCAGGACCUGGGAGCGCCCGCUGCGCCCAGUCUCCAGAGAUGUCAUCGUCCGCUGGUUUAAGGAGGAGCAGCUGCCUCGCCGAGCUGGCUUCGAGAGGAACACCAAGUUCAUCGCCCCCUGGUUCCAUGGAAUUAUUAGCCGAGAAGAUGCAGAAGAUCUCCUGGAGAACAUGACUGAGGGAGCAUUCCUGGUCCGGGUCAGUGAGAAAAUCUGGGGUUACACCCUCUCCUACCGCCUGCAGAAAGGGUUCAAGCACUUUCUUGUGGAUGCCUCUGGGGAUUUUUACAGCUUCCUGGGAGUGGACCCCAAUCGCCAUGCAACGCUCACGGAUCUCAUUGAUUUCCAUAAGGAGGAAAUUAUCACUGUUUCAGGAGGAGAGUUACUUCAGGAACCCUGCGGACAGAGGGACAGCCCACCAGACUACCAUCCAUUGUUUGAAUAAUAUUUUUUUCCUUAUUAGUUGGAUUCCUUUGGGCAUCCUGUUUUUGAACUGAGCUUAAGAACUUCUCAACUCAAAUUCUAUGGCCUUCUGGAAGAUCCACCACUAUCCAGAGGAAAAAGUAGAUUAAUAUGUCUCAAGGGAUAUGACAUCUAUGGCAUAGGGCUACUGGUCUCAUCCCAGUGAUCAGGACAGAAAUUGCUAAUGGCUCAUGCAACUCUUUCAUGAAGAGCUUAGCUAUAUGACCUUAGAAGACAAAGCCUGUUUGUUAUGGCUUCCAUAAACUGAGCUUUUACAGUGUGUGGACCAUGUUUUAAUAAUCCAAAAUAAUUCCAGUGCCGAACCCUAAAUUUAACAUAUGGUAGACAUUCAGUAAAUAUUUGUUAAUGAAUGCACAUCUUCUAAAAGUUUUCCAACACAAAUUAGCAGUGGUUUCUCGUAAAUUGUUUCCUACUUGCCACUCUAUAAAAUCAUGGCAAUAAUGGAAGAUUAUGAAGGAUUUCUAUGGAGGACAUAAAUGCUACAUCUUUCAUAAUCUCCAUUAUUACCCUUAUUGAUGUUAUCAUUGGAAUUAUCUAAGGCGAGCCCCAGUUUCCAGGGCAGCUGAUUGACACUGUCCUGCCUUCCUUAUUUAACCUCUUCUUUUGUCACUCUCCUCUAUCUUUGAAUCAUAUCUUGGCCCUGGUUUUGCAAUGGUUUUAUGUAGUCCUACAGAUGUCUUCAAGACCUGGGGUGAGUUAUAAAUGCAAGAAUGGUUUUGAGAAAUCUGAUGUGGCUCUGCUCUGUGGGAUGUGGCCUUCUUUAUGCAGGUUACUCCAAUGAUUAGCUCUGUCCUCAUUGUCCUUUUAAUUCCCUUGUCAACUUAAUCUUAGUAUAUUCCUUAUAUUAACAAGAAGACUCACCCAAUAACUCCUCAAUAACUCUCAGUGAUGGUGUCUAUUGGUGCAUACUUGUGUUCCACAGUUAUGGCCAUAUACACAGAGGUAGUAUAUGAUGAAGAGAAUAUUACAGUCUUUACAGUCAAGAAAACUUGGGUUCAGAUCCUCACCCUGGAACUUAUUAGCAUUAUAAUGCUUGCAGCAUUGUGUUUGGUGAGAGGGAAAGAAUGAAGGGACCCUAGGGAUGUUAGGGAACAAUUUAUUCUACUUGAUGGCUGUAUCAAACAUCUCCUAUGCCCCUCUUCUUCUCUUGCCUCACCUGUUCCUUAGAUUCUUGGUCACUUCUCUACCACAAGCCACCAGCACUGUAACCAGUUUUGCAUAGGUUCUGCUCUUCCUCCCUAUGUUGAUCAGUGUCAUGUGAGCAUAAACCAGUGGUAGCUUGCCACAUGUCCCGUCUCCCGUUGCUGCAGAGGCAUAAUACAGAAGAGAUGGGAAGUGAAUGCCCCAUGUGGUGAAUCUGGGAUGAAUGGAAGUCACAGGCUGGUAGAUCGCUUUUUCCCCGUUCUUCCUCCUGGAGGAACUAUUCUGAGAGGCAUCUGUUUGAAUGGUCUUUUAGAAGAUGGUCCUGCAAGAUCGGGCAACCAGUCACGAUGAAACCAAGUGGUGGCUGGAUCAGUAUGACACCCCCCUGCUCCUGUUUGUUCCUUCUUCUCUGCCUUGCCCUGCUCUCUCCUGUUGCUCUGGGAUUGCACUUCUGAAUGAAGUAGCAGCUUGUAAGCUUUUGCCACGGGCUCUACCUUUUGGGGAAUCCAGGAUAAGAACCCAUCAUAGAGAAGUGUUCAAUAAUAUCAAUUUUGCAACUCAGCUCCGUGGCUUUCCCAGGUCUGCCUGUCUCACUACAUGCAUACAGCGAAAUGAUGGAAAGAACCUCCUUUCUGAACUCUAACAUGCCUUAAUUGAUUAUCAUUAAAAUUGCCUUAUUUCUAUGGACUCAGAGGAAUGAUGUUUUAGUUUUGGCUCUCUGAUUUACCAACUAUGUGACUUUGUCCAAGUCAUUUAACUUCAGUAAACCUCAGUAUGACUGAAAAGGGAAUUUUCUGUAUGGCCGUCACUAGGUUUUUUUGCAGGUCAGUUAAAUGAUAAACAUGAAAGCUAUGUCCAAAUGAAAAAGGUAUUUCUAACAACAAUCACAAUAACAACAACAAUUUAGUCCUUAGCCAUGAUGUGUCGGGGGAUAUGAUGUGAUGAUUUUCAAGGUGUUGGAAGAAACUUUUGUUCCAAGAAUUAACAGCAGCUUUGAAAGCAGACCAAGAUGGGUUGAGGCCCUGAAUCCCUGGGCUGUUGUUCCUGUCACCCCUAAUUAAUAUGUGAGAGACAACAGCUGGGUUUUCCAUCCCUAACACAUUUAUUUCAUUUUAUUUGGGGCCUGCAAUUUCUGCAUGUCUCAUAUAUUUUAGGUUUUACCUUUUUACCUGGCUUUAAAAUAAAUCCCUUGUAAGUUGUCCUGCAAAUGAAAUUACUGUCUGGAAAACUGCAAUUUCAUCUUGAGAGUUUUAUUAUGCUAAUAAAUGUCAGGAUUCUCAAAUAAAGGAAUUGCCUUUUUUUUUUCCCCUGAGCCCUACAAAUAUAAUAAAAAACAGUUGGUCAGCUCCAAGACUCAGCAAAGGAAAAAUUUACAAUCUAUAACUAGAAAGAGAAGUUGUAAAAAAAACACUGUGCGACUUAAUGGAAAAUAAAUUUCAAGGAAUGAAAGGGUAACUUGGGGUACAGAUUUGGGGAGAUCCUUGCAUGGCAGAAGUAUUUUUAGGGACCAUCUAAGGGGCAUGAGCUGAGAGGUUAUGGAGAGUGUUCCCCGAGAGGGGGACAUGGGCUUGAAGACCUGGGAGCCUAGGGCAUUUGUCCCCCUUUUGUCCCUUUGUUCAUUAUUCUCAGGACUAAAUUGUGAUCCUAGGUGAAUUUCUGUAUUUUUUGGACUACAGUUUCUUCUGUCAAAUUAGGUCAACAUUGCCUGUUUCAGAGGGUGGCUGUGAAAAUAACAGAAGAUUUUGUUAUGGUAAUGACAAACAUUGUUUUAAGCCAUGUGUGUGCGUGUGUGUGCGCGCACGUGCGAAUUCUCACAGCCAUGCUUAAGGGAGGAAAUGCUGUCAUCUUUAUCUUCUACAGGGGGAAACUGAGGCACAGAGAGGUUCAGAACAUUCCCAAGGUAAGGUCACUUCCUUGGGAAGCACAGGGGUUGACCACAGUCAUGUAUCAACCUGAGUGGACCUUAAACUGCAUAAACACACACAUGAUGGUUGUUGAAAAUGUAGGUUCUCCUUCAGCGGAUCUGGGAUUGGGCAUGAGGUUCUGUAUUUCUGACAAGCUCCUGGGUGUUGCCGAUGCUGCCAGACUAUGGGUUACACUUGGAGAAGUCAGGCUUGAAAGCGGGAGUUGGCAGAUUAUAGCUGCAGGCCAAAUUCAGCCUGCUGCUCGUGUUUCUACAGCCUGAGAGAUAAAAAUGGCUUUUACAUUUUUAAAUGUUUGGAAAAAAGAAUAUUUUAUGACCUGU